AGAGCUAGUUGGGUGGUGUGAAUGGAAUGGCAUUCGAGAGAGAGAGAGAGAGGGGGUCAGGGUCAAAGGGGAAACGAAAGGCGGCACCGAGAUCUCCAAUGGUGGUUGUGGGCGCAGGAGUGACAGCAAUAGCGGUGUUGUUUCUGGUGUGGUCGGUGGUGUCGACAAGUGGGUCCCACUCCGAAGUUAACAAUAGCAAUGGUGAGUCUGAAAAGUACCUCUACUGGGGCAAUCGAAUCGACUGUCCCGGUAAGCACUGUGGUUCCUGCGAAGGUUUGGGUCACCAGGAAUCAAGCCUCCGGUGCGCACUCGAAGAAGCCAUCUAUCUUCGCAGAACUUUUGUGAUGCCUUCAAGGAUGUGCAUUAAUCCCAUUCACAAUAAGAAAGGGAUCCUUCAUCGCCUUGCAAAUAACAAUGCUACUGAGGAGGAGCAAUGGGCAACCAGUUUCUGCGCCAUGGACUCUUUAUACGAUUUAAAGCUCAUUUCUCAGACUGUCCCUGUAAUUUUGGAAAACUCAAGAGAAUGGCAUAUGCUUCUAUCAACAUUGGAGGAUACACAAAUUGCUCAUGUACAAAGACUUACCCGGAUCCAUCUUAAACAAGAUGCUCGCUACUCUCAUCUCUUGCUCAUUAACAGAACUGCUAGCCCUCUUUCCUGGUUUAUGGAAUGCAAGGAUAGAAACAACCGUAGUGCUAUCAUGUUGCCAUAUUCAUUUCUGCCCUCUAUGGCUGCCCACAAGCUCAGAGAUGCAGCACAAAAGAUCAAAGCACUACUUGGUGAUUAUGAUGCCAUCCAUGUUCGUCGUGGGGAUAAAAUAAAGACCAGGAAGGAUUCACUUGGUGUAGCAAGGACUCUGCAUCCACACCUUGAUAGGGAUACACGACCUGAGUUUAUUCUUUGCAGAAUAGCAAAAUGGGUCCCUCCUGGAAGAACUUUGUUUAUUGCUUCAAAUGAAAGGACUCCUGGGUUUUUUUCACCGCUUUCUGUCAGGUAUAGAUUGGCAUAUUCGUCAAACUAUAGCCAUAUGUUGGAUCCAAUUGUUGAGAACAAUUACCAAUUAUUCAUGAUCGAGAGGCUUAUAAUGAUGGGUGCCAAAACGUUCAUUAGAACGUUCAAGGAAGAUGAGACAGAUCUCAGCCUAACUGAUGACCCAAAAAAGAAUACUAAAAAAUGGCAGAUACCAGAAUUAGUUUAUAAUGCGGAUGAAACUUGCUGAGACCUACACCACAAUUUGUAUGCAAUCCACCAAUGUUGAAAAAUACAAACAUGCCCGUAAAUUUGACGAAGAGAUUAUAAUUAAAGGAAAAAUGAGAGGGUGAUCAGUUUAUGUUGUAAAUUGUGACGAUAGCUACAUUCAAAAUUUCAUUAAUUCAUUACAGCUAUGUACUUGUCUCACAUUAAACCUGAAGUGGCCACUAAAUAUUUUAUGCUGGACACUAGUUUAACGGAUGUAUGGGUCUUGGUCCAAAAUUUAGCUUAAUAUAUGUACCUGAGUUUCA